UUCUCUAUAGUUGUUGUGUUGUUGUCAAAUUAGGAAAAUGGCCGCGAAACCAAAUUCUAUUGGAAAUGAUGGUCAACCCGCUUCUGAUGAUAUUCCUCUGACAUCUUUAGAAGAAAGCCUGUUAAGUUUAGAGAAGUUGGAUCGAGCCUCACCAGAGCUAUGGCCUGAACAAAUUCCCGGAGUUUCUGAUUUCGUUCCUUUGCAAAAUCCAGACCAAUCACCACCUUCUUGGAAUAAGGAUCUGACGAAAGAAGACUACAAUUAUAUGCAGCAAUUGGGCUCAUUAACAACAAGUAGUCUCAUAAUGGAAGUGAAGAAGCUCCACGACCUUGCUUAUCAAUUGGGUUUGGAGGAAGCCAAAGAAAUGACUAGAGGGAAAUAUCUAAAUAUAUUUUCAUCAAGACGGCAACGAUAAUGAAAGACUUAACUUUUUAGAUUGUAGAAAAUACUGUGAUGUAUUUGUAUGUAGACAUGUAUUGCUCAUUUUAUGAAAUUUUAUUGUAUAGAUUUAGAUAAAUAAAUGUAGCAAUAUGUUAAUUUAAGCAGCAAUAUAUUUUCUUUUAAUAUAUAUAUAAAUGCACUGAAGUUACUGUUAUUAAUCAACUUAAAAAAAAUGCAAUACUCAUCAGAGUGAAUAUUCAUCAGAACCUCCUUGAAUAGUGGAACUAUUUAAAUUCAAUACUGUGUUUAGUUAGUUACAGAAAAUAAAAUAACAUACUUGUA